CUACAAUGUUGCAGAAAACAUCACUUUUGCAAAGCAGUUUCGACGAGCAGCAACACAGAUCUUUCCUCUAAGCAACUUUUUCGACAUCAGUCUUCUCACUUUGAAUCAGGACAUUUGUCUGGUCAGAAAAAAGGCCGCACAAUAUGCAGGACAGACCGGAGUGUCUGCCCUACUGUUUGUGCUUCGUGAAGAAGUCUGCCUUCUGUCUGGACAGGGUGACAUUCAACGAAAAAAAGGAACUUCUGAGACUGUUCUUGAAACUGCAGGAGCAGGGCUCAGUUAAUUCCUACCUGACAGUAGAGGAUGUCAUUGAAUGGUUUUACUGCCAUGAGAGGAAGAUGUUCACGGAUUGGUUUCCUGAAUCAAAGGAAUCAAGUGAUGACAAAACCUGGCUGACCUGGCAGGUGAAUGCUCAUCUCAGGAUGCAGGACAUUGAACAGGAGGUCAGGAGAGAGCUGUUAGUCAGACAUCUGGUGAGCGUCUCUCGUGAGGGUGAUGAGCUGCAGGACUGUGACAAACGUAUCCACUCAGCUCCUUCUGAUCUAGGGUGGGUUGUUGACAUUCAGAAGACCCCAGAUGACCUCAAGAUGCCCCUUCUGAAGAGGAUCCUGCGUGACCUUGAGGUGGAGAUAAAAUACUACCAGUGCUCCCGUCUGCACACACGGUCGGAGGUAGUGGCAGACGUUGUCACCCGACUGUUCUUCAUGAUGAAGACCGACCCCAGCGGCACUCCUUGCAAUGGGUCCUCCAUGAAACUUACGGAACUGGCUAUGGAUGUUGUCCAUGCAGUGCUCGGGAACUUAUCCUCACGUUUACCAAUCUCAAGCCUACAAGCACAGUACUCCCAUCCGGCUGCUGCUAGGAUGACCCAAUCUAUUCAUCACAAGCUUGUGAAGGCCACGUACACUGCGGAUGACAUGAAAAAGUUCUUGAGCACCGGCAAUGAGACUGUAAUGGCUGCCAUUAUUCAAAUUGUGUCAGUGAAAGUUGCCAGGCUUUUUCAGUGGUCUUUUCAAAGGCCUUCAGCUGCACCAUCCUUCUUGAGACUUUUCCUGGUUGCUAGUGACCAGAAGAUUUCACCUACUGCUGCCCAGAAGCUGGUGAUUCACAUGGAGACAGUGACAUCAGUCUUGGCACUUGUGUUGAUGCAGAUAUACUCCGAGGAGGGAAGAGAAUUUACAUUUGAAGCUCAUAAGUGGCCACUGGUUGAGCAUGUGGUAAUUAGACUGUCCCUCUCUGGUGUCAACGUCAGCAAGAAGAAAGGUAAAGUGACUUGUUAUUUCAACAUGAAUGAAGUGGUGUGUAUGGUCAACUCCAUCUGUAAGGACCUAUUGACCAUGUAUUGCAACAUGAAAUUUCUCAUGGAGGCAUUAUCCAAUAAGAACAGAAUGGUGUCCCGAGACAUUGGCCGUCUGGUGUCUGUCCAACUUGAGAUGGUAUGCCGUUACAGGAAAAUAGACACACCACCUGUUGAGCUGCCAUCUUGCCCAGACCUUGAACAUGUCAUAUGUGCUAUAGUGGCAAGAUUUGUCUAUGUCCUUAUCCCAGUGACUCUGGCAGAUAAGGAAGACCUGGUCCUGUGCCUUCAACUGGUGGACCAGAUUCGUUUUCUCACCCAAGUGACUCUUUUCCAAUCCCAGGAUUCACAUUCUCUUGCCUGCCACCUCAAAGAACUGUCAUCAGAUACAAUCGAACAGCUAGGUGACAUGGUUUACAAUCAAUAUAUAGAGUCCUUCCCUUUGUGUGAUGUUCAGGAUCAGAUACACACGUUGGUGAUAGAUAAACACCACAGCUGUAUGAUUAGUACAAUGAUUGUAACAACUCUGCAGGAUUAUGUGAAACUACUUAAUAACAUCUCAUGUGAGGAACACAAGGAGGCACCUACCUCAAGUGCACUGCUGCCACCUCCAGGUUCCUCUAUCCCUGACGCAUCACCUGCAGUGAAGCCACCCCCAGUGCUCACUCUUCCUAACACUUCACCUGUAGUUAAGCCUCCUCCGGGAUUUACUGUAUCUGACACCUCAGCCACAGUAAAACCUCCUCCUGGAUUCAGCCCACUUGAUGCACCAUCUCUAGUGAAGCCUCUUCCUGGAUUCAGCCUACUUGGUGCAUCACCUGUAGUGAAGCCUCCUCCUGGAUUCAGCCUACUUGGUGCAUCACCUGUAGUGAAGCCUCCUCCUGGAUUCAGCCUACUUGGUGCAUCACCUGUAGUGAAGCCUCCUCCUGGAUUCCUGCUUCUGAAUGCAUCACCUGUAGUGAAGCCUCCUCCUGGGUUUGCUCUCCUUGACACCUCAACUGCAGUGUGGUCACCUCCAGGGUUUGCUCUUCCAGACACCUCAAUUGCAGUGAAGCCACCUCCAGGGUUUGCUCUUCCAGACACCUCAAUUGCAGUGAAGCCACCUCCAGGUUUUGCUGUACCUCAAGCAUCACCUGUACUGAAGCCACCUCCAGGUUUUGCUGUACCUCAUGCAUCACCUGUACUGAAGCCACCUCCUGGAUUUGCCGAGUUCAAUCUCCCUGAAACAUCACCUGCAGUGCGACCACCUCCUGGGUUUGCUCUGCCUGACCCUUCAUCUGUUGUGAAGCCACCUCCAGGGUUCUCUAUCUCUGGUGCCUCACCAGCAGUCAGACCACCCCCAGGAUCCAUUGUGCCUAAAACAUCACCUGCAGUGCAGCCACCCCCUGGAUUUGCACUGCCUGAUCUCUCACCUGCAGUGAAGCCGCUUCCUGGAUUUGCACUGCCUGAUGUCUCAGUCGCAGUGAAGUCGUCUCCUGGAUUUGCUUCACCUGCAGUAAAACCACCACUCGGGUUCCCUCUGCCUGAUGCUUCAAGUGCAGUGCAGCCACCUCUAGGGUUCUCUGUACCUGUUGCAUCACCUGUGGUACCUAUCGUAACACCUUCAGUCUGGCCACCUCCAAGGUUUACUCUUCCUGAUGCCUCAUUGAUAGUGAAGCCACCACCCGGGUUUGCUGUACCUGUUUCAUCAUCUGAAGUGCGGCCACCUCCUGGAUUUGGUCUUCCUAAUGCCUCAGUAGUAGUGAAGCCACCCCCUGGGUUUGCUGCACCUAUCGUAACACUUGCAGUGCGGCCACCUCCAGGAUUUGCUCUUCCUAACACCUCAGCUACAGUGAAGCCACCCCCUGGAUUUACUGUAAUCGAAGCAUCACGUCCAGCGAAGACGCCUCCUGGAUUUACCCUGAUCGAGGCAUCACCUCCAGUGAAGACGCCUCCUGGAUUUACCCUGAUCGAUGCAUCACCUCCAGUGAAGACGCCUCCUGUAUUUACUCUGAUCGAGGCAUCACCUCCAGCGAAGGUGCCUCCUGGGCUCCUGCCUCCAGAUGCCUCACCGGCAGUACAGCCCCCAUCUGGGUUUAAUCUCUCUGAGAGCUCUAGACCUGAAUUGUGUUCAGAAGUUCCAGAUUGGGAGAUGGAGAAUGAGGCUCAAGACAUCGAAAAACAUGAUCAGUGUGCCCAACACACAGCAUUGAAUGUGACAUCAAAUGACUCAAAAGAUGACCAAAAUCAAGCAGCACUGCCAUCUGAGGGUGUCAAGCCCACUAAGAAGAAGGGACUGAAAGGCUUUCUUCAGAAGAUAAGGAGGGCAUUUAGAUUUUGUGUACCCUCCAGGGACGCAGAGGGACGCAAGAUAACACUCUCUAGAAAUCACUAAAAAACACCCU